AUGUUUUUUACAAAUGUAAGAUUUAUAAGCAAAUUAAUGAAAAUCAAAAUUUCCAAAAGGAAGAGUUGGAUAAAAAGAAAAAAAAAAUGGAUGUUACCUAAAAUUGAAAAAUCGUAUUUAAAGCAGGAGCAGGAUUUUACCGUUCCUCAUAAAACCAUACCACUCAAUGAAAAUAAAAAAUACGAAGCAAAUAGGAACAAUAAUAACAGCAAUUAUAGUAAUGAUGGCAAAUAUAGUAAAGAUAGCUAUAAUAACGAAAAUACGAAAAAUAUAGACUCGGAAGAAACAGGCUAUAAUCGAAUGUUAGAAGAACUUAAAGGAAAGGGGAAAAAGAACUUGAAACCACACGAAUACAAGAAAUUACUUAAAAAGAAGGAGCAUAUUCCAAAAAAUGAUGACAAAAUAAGUUUGAGACAUUUAUUGCAAAAAGGGAGAAAAAAUGUGAAUUUAGAUAUUCGAGAUUUUAAGGAAGAAGAGAAAGAAAAAAAAAAAAAAGAACUGAACACUUUUUGGUAUAUGCCAAAUCCUUUUGAAAAAAAAGGGGUAUAUGGAAUGAAGGAAAAUUCUUUUUAUAAAUCUUUUAUAAGAGAUAGAGAAAGACAGUUAGAUAAUGUGGAUGUGAAAAAAUUAAAUGAAAAUGAACGAAAAUUAUUAAAUGAUAUAAAUAAAAAGAAAAAUAGUAAUUACAAUAAUAAUAAUAGAGUGAAUGAAGAAUUAUUAGAUAAAAGCGUUUCGUUAGAAGAAACAGAGGAAAAGGAAAAAAAAAUUCGAAUUAGUCCCAGAAAAUAUUGGUUUCACAAAGACUAUUUCUCUCCUGAUAUAUCAACAUUAAAUACAGUAAGGGCCAGAGAAUUGCGAUUUUUAAUGAUGAAUGAAGCAAAAUUAGUUAGAAAGGGGAAAACUGUAGAUUUGGAAUUAUGGUUAGCUUUCAUGAACAGAGUCAUAACUUUGUCUACAAAAGUACAUGUACGAAGUCUUUUAAGAUAUUUACAAACUAUUGCAUCUGUUAAAGUUACUAAUAAAAAAAUGAUAAAUGAUAUAUUGUGUGAGAUUUUUAAUAGAGAAAAUAAUAUGAAGCCAAAGCAUUAUGUAUAUCUUUUUCAAAGUUGUUCAAGAUUAAAAUGGAAUGAUUUUAAAUUAAUAUAUGCAUUAAAAAAUAUGACCUUAUGUUGGUCUAUUCUGAGAAAUAAUUUUUUGAUAAAAUCUGCUAAUUCUAUUUCUAAAUUAGAUUUAGCAAAUAUUGUAUAUAGUAAGGCUUUACAAAUAACAUUACAGGAAAGAUUAGGUAAUUUCACAGGGAAAGAAUUAAGAGCAAUUAAGGCUAUAACUUUUCUCGAAUUUUUUAAUGAAGAAAUGAUCAUAAAAUUUAUAUCAUUAGCUACAUUUUACAAAGAAUAUUUCAAUUAUUACACAAGACAUUUGCAAAUACUGUACUUAUAUAUUAUGUUGUUUCACACAUCCAUAUAUAACAAGCUCACUGAGGAGCAAAGGGAAUUUCUACAACGCUAUUCAAGGGAAAGCAAUUUAAAAAAAAUUAACAAAAUAAACCAUAAAAAUUAUUUGAACAGUUUGAGGAGAAAGGAAAGAACGGUUAGAGGGUGUUUACGCAGUGAUGAUAACGACUGUUCAGGUAGCCACUAUCCAUGUAGCGACUAUUCAAGCACCGACGAUGAGGGAUGUUCAGAUAGCGAUUAUGAGGGAUGCUCAGAUAGCGACGAUGCGGGAUGCUCAGAUAGCAACGAUGAGGGAUAUUCAGAUGGAAACUCUUCAAGUAAUGACAAGGAUAUUUACUCAGGAAACGUUGGAGAUGAUGAUGAUGAAAUUGUUGAAGAUGGAGUGAAGUUUUACAAUAAACCAAAUAUAAUGAAUAACACUAGUAGAAACUUGAAAGAAAAAGUCCAGAUCGAUGGAAAAAAUAGUGAACAUAUUAAAUUAGGAGAUAAAAUAUGUGGUGGGUAUACAAGUAUGCUACAUAAAGAGGUAAGUGAUCUAUUAACGAUAUUAAAAAUAGAACACCUAAAUUCAGUUAAAUGUGGACCUUUUAUGGUUGAUAUUUAUCACCCUGAAUCAAAUUAUAUUAUUGAAUUAAAUGCACAUUUUCAGUAUUAUUUAAAUUCAGAAAAUUUAACGGCUUUAUCAAAAUGGAGACAUAAAUUUUUGUUUCAGAUGGGGUAUAAAGUAAUUCAUAUUCCAUAUCGUACAUGGAAUAAUAUACCUAAUGAUAAUCAAAAAAUUGAUUAUAUAUGCAGCGUUUUACCAAAUAUUGUAUUAGCGAGUUCACCUGUUUAUUCACACAUGGGUAAUUUUUAA